UGCACUUGGGGUACAACAACCCCAUGAAGCGCUGCAGGCUUGGGGAAGAGUGGCUGGAAAGCUGCCUGGCAGAGAAGGACCUGGAGGUGUUGGUUGACAGCCGACUGAACAUGAGCCAGCAGUGGCCAAGAAGGCCAGCAGCGUCUUGGCUUGUACCAGAAACAGCGUGACCAGCAGGAACAGGGACGUGAUUCUGCCCGUGUACUCAGCACUGGUACCAAGUGGAAGAUGAGUCCUCUCAUUUGGAUGAAAUGCCACUAAUGAUGUCUGAAGAAGGCUUUGAAAAUGAUGAGAGUGAUUACCAUACUCUACCAAGAGCCAGAAUUUCUCAGAGAAGAAGAGGCUUAGAAUGGUUUAUCUGUGGUGGCUGGAAGUUCGUUUGCACUAGUUGUUCUGAUUGGCUCAUAAAUAUUUGCCGAAGAAAGAAAGAGCUGAAGGCUCGCACAGUGUGGCUUGGGUGUCCUGAGAAGUGUGAAGAAAAAUACCCCAAAAAUGCCAUAAAAAAUCAAAAAUACAACAUCUUUACCUUUAUACCUGGGGUUUUAUAUGAACAGUUCAAGUUUUUCUUGAAUCUCUAUUUUCUCGUCGUGUCCUGCUCACAGUUUGUACCGGCAUUGAAAAUAGGCUACCUGUACACGUACUGGGCUCCUCUGGGAUUUGUUUUGACGGUCACGGUGGUACGGGAAGCUGUUGAUGAAUUUCGACGUUACAAGAGAGACAAGGAAAUGAACUCACAGUUAUAUAGCAAACUGACAGUACGAGGUAAAGCGCAAGUUAAGAGUUCAGACAUACAAGUUGGAGACCUCAUCAUAGUGGAAAAGAAUCAACGAAUCCCAUCUGACAUGGUGUUUCUCAGAACGUCGGAAAAAACUGGUUCGUGUUUCAUUCGAACUGACCAGCUGGAUGGAGAAACAGACUGGAAACUGAAGGUUGCUGUCAGUUGCACACAAAGACUGCCAGCGUUGGGGGAUCUCUUUUCAAUCAAUGCUUACGUUUAUGCUCAGAAGCCACAGCUGGAUAUUCACAGUUUUGAGGGUACCUUCACGCGGGAAGACAGCGACCCGGCAGUUCAUGAAAGCCUAAGCAUAGAAAAUACCUUAUGGGCCAGCACUGUUGUUGCUUCAGGAACUGUAAUUGGGGUUGUCAUUUACACAGGCAAGGAAACUCGAAGUGUGAUGAACACAUCUAAUCCAAAAAAUAAGGUUGGCUUGCUGGACCUGGAGUUGAAUCAAUUGACCAAAGCCCUGUUUUUGGCUUUAGUUGCACUAUCAGUUGUUAUGGUAACUUUGCAAGGAUUUGUAGGCCCAUGGUAUCGCAACCUUUUCCGGUUCCUCCUCCUGUUUUCCUAUAUCAUCCCAAUCAGUUUACGUGUGAACUUGGACAUGGGUAAGGCAGCCUAUGGGUGGAUGAUUAUGAAAGAUGAGAAUAUUCCUGGAACAGUUGUUCGAACUAGCACCAUACCAGAAGAGUUGGGACGAUUAGUUUAUUUACUAACGGAUAAAACAGGAACACUUACACAGAAUGAGAUGAUAUUUAAGCGCCUCCACCUAGGUACUGUGUCCUAUGGAACAGACACAAUGGAUGAAAUUCAGAGUCAUAUUAUAAACUCUUAUUCACAGGUGCACUCUCAGAAUAGUGGAAACAGUACAAGUUCAACACCAUCUAGGAAACCUCAGUCAUCUGCACCCAAAGUCCGCAAGAGUGUCAGCAGCCGGAUACACGAAGCUGUGAAGGCCGUUGCGCUGUGCCACAAUGUGACCCCAGUGUAUGAAUCCCGAGCUGGUGUGUCUGGAGAAACAGAAUAUGCAGAGGUGGAUCAGGACUUCAGCGAUGAAAAUAGAACUUACCAGGCUUCCAGCCCUGAUGAGGUAGCUCUGGUGCAGUGGACGGAGAGUGUUGGCCUCACCCUGGUUAACAGGGACUUGACCUCAGUGCAGCUGAAGACCCCUGGUGGCCACAUUCUGACAUACUAUAUCCUACAGAUCUUUCCCUUCACUUCUGAGAGCAAGCGCAUGGGGAUCAUAGUUAGGGAUGAAUCUUCAGGAGAAAUUACAUUUUACAUGAAGGGUGCAGAUGUUGCAAUGUCCACUAUAGUACAGUAUAAUGAUUGGCUGGAAGAAGAGUGUGGUAAUAUGGCACGAGAAGGACUGCGUACGCUGGUUGUUGCCAAAAAAUCACUGACUGAAGAACAGUAUCAAGAUUUUGAGAGUCGAUAUAACCAAGCAAAGCUAAGCAUACAUGAUAGAAACCUGAAGGUUGCUGCUGUUGUAGAGAGUCUGGAGCGAGAAAUGGAAUUGCUGUGUCUCACAGGAGUAGAAGAUCAACUGCAAGCAGAUGUUAGGCCAACACUAGAGAUGCUAAGAAAUGCUGGAAUAAAGAUAUGGAUGUUAACAGGAGAUAAACUGGAGACAGCAACUUGCAUCGCAAAAAGUUCUCACUUAGUGUCUAGAACUCAAGAUAUUCACAUUUUCAGACCUGUUACCACUCGAGGAGAGGCUCACUUAGAACUGAAUGCCUUUAGGAGGAAGCAUGACUGUGCCUUGGUGAUAUCUGGGGACUCACUUGAGGUUUGUCUGAAGUAUUACGAGCAUGAAUUUGUAGAGUUGGCUUGUCAGUGUCCUGCUGUAGUGUGCUGCCGAUGUUCUCCCACCCAGAAAGCUCAUAUUGUGAAACUGUUACAGCACCACACUGGAAAACGCACAUGUGCAAUAGGUGAUGGAGGAAAUGAUGUCAGCAUGAUCCAAGCAGCAGACUGUGGAAUUGGAAUUGAAGGCAAGGAAGGGAAACAAGCUUCCCUAGCAGCUGACUUCUCAAUCACACAGUUUAAACACAUAGGUAGGCUGCUGAUGGUACAUGGUCGAAACAGUUACAAAAGAUCAGCAGCACUUGGUCAGUUUGUCAUGCACCGAGGCCUUAUUAUUUCAACUAUGCAGGCUGUGUUUUCAUCAGUCUUCUAUUUUGCAUCUGUUCCCUUGUACCAAGGAUUCCUAAUGGUAGGGUAUGCAACCAUAUAUACUAUGUUUCCGGUCUUCUCUCUAGUAUUGGAUCAGGAUGUGAAGCCAGAAAUGGCAUUGCUAUAUCCAGAACUUUAUAAGGAUCUCACAAAGGGAAGAUCGUUGUCAUUUAAGACCUUCCUCAUCUGGGUUUUAAUCAGUAUUUACCAAGGUGGUAUUCUGAUGUACGGAGCCCUGCUGCUUUUUGAAUCAGAAUUUGUACAUGUCGUUGCCAUUUCCUUCACUGCCCUAAUUUUGACCGAGCUCUUGAUGGUUGCACUGACCAUACGAACAUGGCACUGGUUAAUGGUGGUGGCUGAAUUCCUCAGUCUUGGCUGCUAUGUGGCCUCUCUUGCAUUUCUAAAUGAAUACUUUGGUAUAGGCAGAGUGUCUUUUGGAGCUUUCUUAGAUGUUGCCUUUAUCACAACUAUGACCUUCCUGUGGAAAGUGUCAGCCAUCACUGUUGUAAGCUGUCUUCCACUUUACAUUAUCAAGUACUUGAAGCGCAAAUUUUCUCCUCCAAGUUACUCCAAGCUUACCUCAUAAAAGUAAUUAUAUUACUAUGGGUUUUCAUUCACACUGGUCUGCAAAGUGCACAUUCACUGUGCUUUAGUGUCUAUGGAUUUAUGUUGGACUAAAGAAAUUUUAAAAAAUCAAAAGUGAUAGAGUGAACAGAGCACAAAAAGACAAGGAAACAUCUGACAGGUACAGUAACACAGAAGUACAAUAACAAGACUAUCAGAGAUAAACUAAAUUUUCUUCAUGGUUGUUUUUUUUUACUUUCCGCUGCUAUGAUUAUAAAAUAAAAAUGAAACACCUUUGAUUUGGCAGUGCUUCUGAAUUGUUUCAUUGCCACUGUAAAGGAUUAUUUUUCCUACUGUACUAAUCUUCUGCAAGUUGAACUGAAAGUUUUGUUAUUUAUUAUACAACUUCCUUUCUUUAAUUAUUACAUAACUUCCUAAUUCAAGUCCUUUAAUGUUUAUAUAUGAAGUUCAUUCAUCCAUACUUGCUAUAACAAACCUAAUACCUGUAAAUGCCCGUGUCUGUAUUAGCAGCUAACUGUUACUCCUCAUCUGACAUUGAGUAAUAUGCACUAUUUGAAUUAUGUACAGAUGUCUGGCAUAGCACAGUAUUAUUUUAGGAGCUGUUGUCCUGUUCUGUACUCUCCAUUUCUGGCACCAGUAAAUAUUACAGACCUAAGAUGUUGACAGCAGUUCUUUAAAUGCACAUUACAGCCAGGUUGCACAGAAGCUGUUAAAAAUUGACUGAUAAAUUCUGUACGUAAUUCCACUGCACCUAUUGAUCUGUACAGAUGUCAAAGACAUGGCUGCUCAGUGAAUAUGUUUUAAAAUUCUUAUUCAUUUUGUAUUUGUAAAACUGCAAAUAGUGUCAAAGUACAUUUCUAUAUAUGAGAAGUCCAGUAAACCUUGUAUUAGCUAAUAUGUUUAAAUUGCCUUGUAAUCUGUUUACUUAGGUUACUCAGGUAAGAUAAGACAAACACAUGAACAUUAUGGUAGGAAAAUCUAUCAUCUUCCAAGUUGUAAACGUUAUGCUUUUAUAACUCAGUUUGGGUGCAAACUUGUUUAAAGAAAAAUCAAAACAUUUUUGCUUGUUGUAAACUGUCGGAGUUGAGUAUCUUGGCUGAGUUAUGACACUUCACAGCAGUUGAAGAUUUGUUCCAGAAAAUCAUAUAUACUGAUACAAUCUGAAGGGUCCAAAUCUCGCAUGUACUGGGAAGUAGGAUAUAUUAUUUCAGUUUUCCAUUGUGAUACAACUUUGCUUUCUCAAGAAGUGCGUAUAACAAAUUCAGCAUAGUCUGUUCAUCAGUGGAAAGGUACAUCAGAACUAUAUGUGUAUGUGUAUGUUUUUUUAAAAACACUUGACGUGAAUGUCAUUUUUACGUUUGACUGUAUGCCUUUACAACAGAAUUCCUUGUUUAGUCUCUCAUAAUUUUCCACUUAUGCCAUUAUUAUAUUGGACGAGUAAUACUUAAAUGAUUAAUAGAACUACUUCCUGGGAGAGCAGAGGAAACUGCCGCAGAGCUAUUUGGACACCACUCCACUUCAUUAAUUUUUGGUUUGAAAGUUUUUCUUACUAGCCAUUUAUCUGCUUUCUUUUUAUUAUUAUUAUUUUCAUUCCUCAUUAUAAAAGCAAUAAAGCCUAAUUUAUACCAAAUAUUACUAAUGGUACAUGUGUUAAAUGAACUACUGAAGUAGUGUUUCUUUUAAUUACACACUGUUGCUAGUAGUUGCUCUGUCCCUCUGUGAACUCACUUCUGUAAAACCCCCACAAGAUGUCACUGUUCUUGCACACUAGCAGAAGCCUUUCUUCAUUUUGGCAAGAUAUUCUUGGUUUAUAUUUUUAGUUUAAUCCUGUGAUAUUUUUGUUGCUGAUUUGCUUUAAUUUCUCUUUUCCCCCAAUAUGUGGUAAUUAUUUUUAAUCCAUUAAGAAAAGUCACUGUAGUGCAGUUGUUCUGAAACAUUGAUGAUGUUUUCUUCAGAAUUUUUUGUCCUACACAUUGUGAGUCUUGCAACCACAUGAAUAGGAGUCAGUAGAUAAGCAAAAGCAUCUGGUUGGUCAUCCUUCAUCUGUACAUCACAUCUUUGACAUUAGGCAGAAAAUCAGAAAAAGCAGCAAUUAAACUAGCAGUAUGAAAGUGUUAGUGUUACCGUAAUGCAGCUGUAUGAGAUAAAAUCAUAUCCAUAUGUACAGAAUUUAUAGCAUACAUAUAUUAAACCCCAGCAUUAAGUCUGAGGUUAGUGUGAUAGCAAAUGUGUAGAUCCUAUGCACAAACAUAAGACUUGCAAAAACUGUGUCGAUUCUCUAGAGUGCCUGCUUUCUUGGGGUGUUUUCAAUAUAUAGCAGAGGUCUCAUUUCAGCUAAUGCUUUAUUUUGAAGGCUGUGGAAGUCUGAUUUAGGUGACCUACCUUGCUUCUGAGGUUCAGUCGCUGCAAAACUAUGGAUACCAGCAAAGUCUGCUUUCUAUUCAUUGAUGUCACUCAGCGCCAGCCCUGUAGAAGGGAAGCACUACCAAAUCACAGUGGCUUACGUGUAACAAUAUGAAUACAGAAUUUAAGUACUGUAAUAUGACAUCUUUCAGUAGAAAGCUUUAGUGCAUUGUAGAUUUAAGUACAAAGUCAGCUAAGCAACAUCGCAGUCUCUGGCUUUUAAAACAGACUAGAAUGGUAACCUUUCUGGUUCGCAAGUGAAUAAAUUUUUCAUAAGAAUCUCAUUCUAUUGUCAUUUCACAUGAGUAUAUGUCAGGAAUAAGCCUGGAGCACCAGUUCAGUUUACAUAAACACAGAUUUAGGCCUUGGAUCUGCAAGUUACACCCAGAAGCUUAGUUUUACUUGGUAUCAAAUACAUGGUUAGCUCCUAUGUCAGAUAAGUAUUUCUGAAAUGGUAAUCAUUUCUCUUUGAAAACAUAUUUGGAAAACAAUUUCAGAAUUGAGAUAGGAUGGAGGAGCAAGACGUGAAAUGUAUCUUCACCAAAUGUGGAAAUGUAUCUUCACCAAAACAUACGUACCAAUAGUGGCCUAUUGUGGACCAUGUUUAAUAAGUAGAUGAGAUCAACAUCUGCUAAAUUUCUGAUGUAGUUUGAUGGAAGAACACAAAGGAAAAGGAGAAUCCUGAAAAAAAGAGAAUAUUGGUAAUUAUUACACUGGGUUUUUUUCUGCUGCUAUUCUAAACUUGUGUGUUCUUGUAAUUGCUGGAAAACAUUUUGCUGCACAAAGUAUUUCGCAAAUGGAAGCCAAAAUUAAAUCCUUGCAUACGUAACAUUAAAUCUGUAGCACUCUUCCAUGAAUGUGAGUGUUUACAACAGUGUUUUUAUGUUCAAACUCAGCGUGCCAAACUGACACAUGCCGUAAGAAUUCAGCUGUGUGGUAUCUCCUGUUUUCUUCCUAAAAUUUCUGAGUGCUUGUCCAGAAACAUGCCAUUGCUUUUGUACAAACAUGGGAAAUGUGUGUUAUCAUGAUGAGCAGCGUCCAGUCGAGCCAGCCUGUGUUAUAAAUGUCCUCCUAUCUUUUGUCUACAAUAGAGUGUGAGCCUAAACAUUUUUUCAGUCAUGUUUUGAAAUAUAUCUGCAAGAAGGAACUAAAGUCAGGAACCUUUUCAGACUGGACACCAGUUCUACAGAUAUUUAAGCAAGAAUUUUAAUAUUAACUUCUGUAGCUAAGCAGCUGUUAGUCAUGGAGGUCAGCUUCUGUAGAGAAAGAAGAGAUGAUUUCUGUAUAUCCUGCUCUUACUUAUGGCCAUUUAUAUAUGUUAGAGAGCAGGCCUAAGUGGUAUUGUCCGUACUCCUCUGCAAUGUUAUUGUUGUGUCAAGCCAAUCAGAUUACUUUGAGGAAGAACCGGCCUCAGCUCUUCUUGCUCUUGAGCUAGGCAGUGCGUUCUUGGGGUCAUCCGCAUUCUUGGGGUCAUCCUCCAUCCAUAUGCCAAUGCACACCACCGCCUUGUGCACAAAAUAUACUGGAGGUUUCCUUCAUUGCUGGAGGUUAGGGCUCUUCAUGCCUGAACCAACUUUGUUUGCAUAUCUACCUCAUGAAGGAGGGUUGUGGGAGGGUCUUACUGUUUAAAUGACAGUUUAGACUUCCUUAGAGGA